AUGAAUGCGUCAAGUGGAGGAGGUUCUUCUGCUGGAGAAGUUGUCACUCCUGAAGUUCAGUCGAAGAUUACAAGCAAACUACAGGAAAUAUUUGGAGAUGACGAUGUUUCAGUAUUAACAGAUUACAUUUGUCAUAUGGUAAACCAUAACCAGCCAAAGGAGCACAUAAUAAAUGAACUUAAAGAGUUUCUUUCUGACGAGGCUUCUCAGUUUGGGACCUGGGUCUUUCAUCUUGUGGAGACCAGCAAAAACGAUCACUCAAACAAUAAUGGACCGAACACCAAUAAUGAUAAUAACUCAGGUAGAAGUACUUCGAUCACUGGUGAUUCUCAUAAGAACUCCAGUAAUUCUAGCCAAAAUAAAGAUUCUUUGGACUUUGCAAUUUCUAAUGCUAUCAAGAAUAAAUCUGGAUCUGGAAGAUCAAAACCUUAUCAGCCAACUUCUUCACAUAAAAAUAAUCAUUCAGUAAUUAAUAAUGAAUCGUCUUCUGGUCCAAUCAUGGGAAAUAACAGACUACCUAGAGUUAAUUAUAGAAAUGCUCCUUACACAAGGUCCAACAACUUUAACCAAUCUGGAACUCCCUACACCUCUUCUAAUCAAACUAAUAAUGCAUCAACUGGAACAUCUUCAACUCAUGGAAAAAUUAAAAUUAAGUGUAAAAAUUGGCCCAAUUGCGAUAAAGGUGAUCACUGUUUUUAUAUUCACCCUAGUGAGGCCUGUAAAUCCUGGCCUCUAUGUCCAUACGGCCCUGGAUGCUUCUUUAUUCACCCCACUGUACCUUGUAGAUAUGGGUUAGCCUGUUACAAUUCUCUUUGUAACUACAGCCAUCCAAACGGAUGGGAUCCUAAUCAUGUUGAAGUUCCUGUCUUUAAAUAUGGAGGUUACAAGAAUUCUUCUCUUAUUAUUAAUAAUAACAAACCGUCUCAAACUAUUGGUAAUGCUAACUCUAAUAGUGCUGAAUCUAAUAAUAAUGACAAAACCAACUCCAUUUCCAUUAACCUAAACCAGGAAAAUGCCGAGAUACCCAGCUACGAUUCUAAUCACAAUGGGAAUGCUGGAAAUUUUAACCUAGAGCCAGAGAAAAAUAAUUCUUUUAGUCAUAAUUAG